GGCUGUUCCAGUACCGAUGAGGACUACACACCAGGGGUGGACAUAGAUUCUGAUAGUGAUUGUGAACAAACUAUGAAUUUAUCUGUUUUAAAAGCCAUACCUGAAGAAUAUUCGAGCCUUGGUGGUCCAAAAGCUAUAUGUUCAAAAUGUAAGGCACGUCUCUGGAAAGAGGAACGAACAUAUAAGAAUGUGACGAAAGGCCUGCCAAUUUUUUCAAUCUGCUGUAAGAAGGGUGAUGUUGUGCUGCCGCCUACUCCACCAACUCCCGGUUACUUAACGCACUUAUAUUCCAACAAAGAAAUUGGAGCUGAUUUCCAACGUAGCAUCAGACUAUACAAUGCCAUGUUUGCUUGUCGUGGUCCUUAUGUUUAUAAGUGCUUAACGGUCAGCUGUAUAUAUAUGAUACAGCUAAUGAGGUUAAUAACAGGCUUCGUUGGGUUAAUGUUGCAGAUCAGUAGACUGUUGACACAGACGUUAUUCAAGGCCUUAUACAAAUGUUGGAUGAGACCACCGAAUUGGUUGCCAAAUUCCGUAUGGCCCGAGAUCGGUGGGAGGCCAAAGACCUGGUGGAUUUAAAAGUGGAGCUCAAAAUCUGUUGCUCUCAAAGCGGACGAGAGAAUCAUAUUUCUACUUCUGAUGAAGUUGCCGGUAUAAUGGUGGCCAGUUGUGGUAAUUCCACAGCUGACCGCGAUAUUAUUGUUGAGCAGAAGCUUGGUGGAUUGCAAAGAAUAUUUUAUAUUCACCCAAAACUCAUGGCUCUCCAAUAUCCUCUUCUUUUUCCCAAUGGAGAGGAUGGUUACCACAAUCGAAUACUAUUUCAGAGUGCACCAGUAGGUUCAAACAAGGAGAAAGACAUGAUAUCUAUGAAAGACUACUACUCCUAUAGGUUCCAAGUUAGAGACAAUGAAGGUCAAGUACUAAAAUGCCAAUGUAAUUACCAGUUGCAAGUUUUAAAGCAUUUUUUUCUUUUUCUGAAUUUAUGUUUCUUCGAACUAUCAUCUUUAUUGCAGGCCAAACUCCAAGGCUCGGAGGAAGACUUUUCCAGCAGUAUAUGGUUGAUGCUUUUUUCUUCUAUGGAGCAGACAAGGCUAUGGUGGUUUCGAACCCACCAGACUGUGUUGAGGAACGAACUCUAUACUCACAUUUGUGACUCUAUUCGAAAUGGAGAUGGAAAUUCCAACAAUGUUGGCAAAGGCGUGAUUCUGCCAGCUGGAUACGUUGGAUCGAAGCGUUACAUGCAACAGAAUUUCCAGGAUGCUUUAGUUGUUUGUCGUCAUGUUGGACAUCCGGAUGUUUUUUUAACAAUGACCUGUAAUUCAUGGUGGGAUGAAAUCCAAAAGAUGAUGCUCUUUGUACCAGGCUGCAUUCCUUCUAACUGUCCUGAUAUAAUUUCAAGGGUAUUCCGUAUGAAGCUGGACCAGUUAACCAAUGACAUUAAAAAAAAGUCUCACUUCGGCAAGUGUGUUGGAGAGUUUCAAAAGCGAGGCCUCCCACAUGUACAUAUGUUAAUUUGGCUUGACGGAGCUUCCAAAAAGUACUUAAAAGAGAACGUUGACAAAUUUGUGUCUGCUGAAAUUCCUGAUCCUGACCUUGAUCCUGCUGGAUACGCAACUGUUAAAGCUUACAUGAUGCAUGACCCAUGUGGACUGCAGAACCCAAAGUCGCCGUGCAUGAAGAAUUUCAAGUGUAUCAGGCAUUUUCCAAAGAAGUAUUGUGCCAGAACUGUUUUUGAUGACAGUGGAUUUCCACUUUAUAUGCGUCGAAAACAGAACAUCACAGUCCACGUGCACAAAGCUGACUUGGACAAUCAAUGGGUGGUCCCUUUCAAUCGUGACUUAUUGGUAAAAUACCAAUGCCAUAUGAAUAUUGAAAUCUGUUGUCAUGCCCAGAGCAUCAAAUAUUUGUUCAAAUAUUGCCUUAAAGGACAUGACACCGCAACAGUUGAAAUAACUGGGAGACGUAGGAGGACUCAAAACCAGGCAACAGAUCAGCUUAUUAAUGAGAUUCAGGCUUACUUUGAUGGUAGAUAUGUAUGUGGCGCCGAGGUUGCCUACCGAAUCUUUGGAUUUCCAAUACACCAUCGAACGUUGUCUGUGGAGAGGCUGCCUUUCCAUUUGCCAGGACAGAAAAAUUGUACAUUUCACGCUGGCGAAUCCCUUGAGAGAGUGGUGGAGCGCGAGAUAGAAAGGCCAAGCAAACUGGAAGCUUUUUUCUUUCUCAACAGAGUUGAUCCUACAGCCCAUCAAUAUUCAUAUGAUCAGAUUCCUCAGCAUUUUGUUUGGAAUGACACACUACGAAAGUGGACUGCUAGGAAAAGAGGCCAACAAAUUGGACGCCUAUCUUACACUCAUCACAGCAGUGGUGAAAUUUGGUACCUACGCAUGCUACUGACAAAAGUUCGAGGCCCCACCUCUUUUGAAGACAUAAGAACGGUGAAUGGUGUCUUAUUACCCUCCUUUCGCGAUGCAUGUAAAGAGUACGGUUUGCUAGACGAUGACAAGGAAUGGCACGAUGUUUUAGAUCAAUGUGCAGUAGGUGGCUUGCCACCACAGAUACGGCAGCUGUUUGUACAUAUUAUUGUAAACUAUGGUUGA